GGCAAAUCAAACAAGAUCACACAUGACUAUAUUUAGGCUUACACAUUGAGAGAAUUUGAUGAGUCAAAGUGUUUAGAUGAACAGUUCCAAAAGUCAAAAGUGGACAAAAACUAGAGUAGAUAAGAUUUGUAGAAUAAAUAAGUCAUAAUUGAAAAAUAAUACUAAAAUUAUUCAUUUUAAAAGCAUGUCUUUUUUCAAACCAAUGAUUUUAUGGGGAGGAGGGAGUAUAUUCCUCCAUAGCAAACCCAUGCCAUAUAUAUAUAGGUCGUCCAUGCCUAGCUUCCAACUCAAAAUACAGUAUUAAUUAAAGACGAGAUGACGAUUACCACAACCACUUUGAUAUUUUAUCUCAAGAUUGUGUUCAUAUCAACCGGCGCAGGGGGUCUAGCCACGGCAAUCAAAGCUUGGGUUCCGGUUCUCCUCCACCACCAUCUCCCCACCGUCGCCGCCUGCCUCCGGCCACCGUACCUCUAUGCCGUCAUCAACGCAAUCAUCCUCACCCUUCUUUACGCUUCUCGCUUCCAACCCCCCGAAAGCCGCCGUAUGGAAGACGAUCAUAUUAUUAAGAGGGUCGAUAAUCAUAUCACCGGAGAUCGGCCGGUUUUUUCCGCCGUGAAUGACGAUUCUCCCGUGACAAUGGUCAAGAACCGAGGCUGCGAGUCUAUAGCUCCGACCAAGAAAACGCAAUUCGCCGACGAACGUAAAACGGCGCUAAAACCGAAUGCCACUAUGGAAGACACGUGGAGGAUGAUAACGGAGAAGAGCCACGCGCCGCCGCAUCCCCGGAAGGGACAGCUGAAGUCGCGGACGUUUAAGGAGCGGACGAGCUACGAGCUGCCGGCGGCGGCGAAGUGCCGGAGAGAGCCGUGGCUGAGUCAGGACGAGUUGAACCGGCGAGUGGAAGCGUUCAUCAAGAAGUUCAAUGAGGAGAUGAGGUUGCAGCGGCAGCGGUCUUUGCAGCAGCACAUGGAGAUGAUCAAUCAUGGGGCCCACUAACUUAGUUUUCGACUCUUUUUUUUUUAAAUCAAAAGAAAAUCAAUUAAAGUGCUAAUUUAAGAUUUGGAUAUGGCUUUUCCAUUUUUUUAAAGUUCCAUAUUAUUAAUUAUGUAUUAUAUUGAAAUACUGAGCAUAUAAAAUAUAAAAAAAAUAGAUCGUAUAUACUCCGUAUGAUAAAGUAAAAAUAUAUUCGGUAU